UGCCCCGCAUGGUCGGACUCACCUGAAAAAGCACAGCUUCAUCUCAUGCUAAGUUUUUUCUGGCGCAGUUCUAAAAUUCUGUUGAAUAGCUUUGUGCCUUGAGUGGUAUAGUAAAUGACUUCAAAAGAUACAGAGCGUAAACAUUAAAUAUAGGUUUCUUUCUCUCUUGAAGCCAAUGAGUCCAAAAUAUAGAGAUUGCAGCCUCUGUUUACUUCUAGUAUUCUACAUGUUUCAAUCUCGAUAUUGCUCUGAAAUUUAUAACAUAAGUUCAUCCCAAUCAUUAUAUCAAGGAAAAACUCUAGUCUCAUCCAGCCAAGUUUUGGAGUUAGGCUUCUUCAGUCCUAAUAAUUCAGCAAAUCAAUAUGUGGGAAUUUGGUACAAAGGAAUUUCUCCACGUACUGUUGUAUGGGUGGCCAACAGAGAAAAUCCGGUUAGGCUUGCAGAUGCAGCAAGGACAAGUCUUAUGAUUGGCAGAAAUGGAAAUCUAGGACUUGUUGAUGCAAACAACAACUCUGUAAUCUGGUCAACCGAUGUUCAUGUUCGAUCAAAUAGUUCAAUUGUAGAACUUUCAGACAGGGGAAACUUGGUUCUCAAAGAUGGUGCAUCAGGAGAGCACUUAUGGCAGAGUUUUGAUCAUCCUGCAGACACAUUCUUACCUGGUUCGGUACUCGGAUAUAAUGUGAAAACUGGAGAGAGUUAUGUUCUGACUUCCUGGAAAAGUGAUAAUGAUCCAUCAUCUGGGAGUUUCACUCUUGAAAUCUCUAAACAAUCACCACCGCAAAUUUUCAUUUGGAUCAAUGGAUCAAAGCCUCACUGGAGAAGCGGGCCAUGGGAUAAAUCCAAGUUCAUAGGCAUACCAGAAUCAGAUACUUCAUAUCAUAGUUCAACUAAUCUCGAACAGGAACUUUAUAAAGGAACAACCUUUCUGUAUUUAAACUUGUACGAUGACUCCGUUCUCACAAAGGUUUUUGUUACUUCCAAAGGAAAUCUGAGAACUUUGAUAAAAGUCAACGGUAGUGACUCCUGGGAGACUGAUUGGGAAGCACCAAGAAAUCAAUGUGACAUAUAUGGGACCUGUGGACCUUUUGGUGUAUGCAAAACAUCAAGAUCUCCCAUAUGCAGGUGUUUAGAAGGGUUUGUACCAAAAUCAGAUAAAGAGUGGAGAAAUGGAAAUUGGACAGGAGGGUGCAAGAGGCGAACCGAAUUGCAUUGUGAGAAAAACACUAGUGGAAAUGCUGUAAAGGGAGGAAAGAAAGAUGAGUUUCUCAAGAUUGGCUUGCUGAAACUUCCAGACUUGCAUGAAUACGUGAUCGUUGAUGAUGAUAAAGGUUGCUAUAAAUGGUGCCUGAAUAAUUGUUCUUGCUUAGCUUAUACAUUUGUGAAUGGAAUAGGUUGUUUGGUGUGGUGGGAAGACCUUGUUGACAUUCAGGAGCUUUCCUUUGGUGGAUUUGAUCUUUUUCUUCGUCUUUCUGACACAGAGCUAGUCAGAGGAAAGAAAACUAAGAGGAUUAUCAUCAGCAUUACAGCUAUUUCUGGAAGUGCUCUUCUCCUUGCUUCAGUUUUCGCAUUACACCGACAGAGAGCAAACAAGAAGAGUUACACCAUGAGAGGAUGCUUCAAAAAUCCAUCAGGGAAGGUUAAAGUCCCAAAAGUUUUUGAUUUCAAUGAGAAUGGUAACACUCCUAUGCAUACUCGUAGUGCCGAACUAUAUGAUGAUUCGCUUGAGGCCGAGCUUCAUAUUUUUAAUUUGGAUGGAAUUUUGACCGCUACGAACCACUUCAGCUUGACAAACAAACUUGGGGAGGGAGGGUUUGGUUCUGUUUACAAGGGAAAACUACAAGAUGGAAAGGAAAUAGCAGUCAAAAGACUAUCUAGAAGCUCGGGACAAGGCAUUGAAGAGCUUAAGAAUGAGGCUGUUUUAAUCUCCAAACUUCAGCACAGAAAUCUAGUCAAGCUCUUGGGUUGCUGCAUUCAAAACGAAGAGAAAUUACUCGUUUAUGAGUUCAUGCCCAAUAGAAGUUUGGAUACUUUUAUCUUCGAUCCAACUAGAAGUGCACAGCUCGAUUGGCCUACACGCUUCAACAUUAUUCAUGGAGUUUCUAGAGGUCUUGUGUAUCUCCAUCGUGACUCCAAUUUAAGGGUAAUACAUCGAGAUUUGAAGGUCAGCAAUAUUCUCUUGGAUGAGAAUAUGAAUCCGAAAAUAUCUGAUUUUGGAUUGGCUAGAAUCUUUGAAGGAACAUUGGAUCGAGUAAACACUCUCAGGGUUGUUGGAACAUUAGGCUAUAUGUCACCAGAAUAUGCCAUUGCUGGUAUAUUUUCGGAGAAAUCUGAUGUAUUUAGCUUUGGUGUUAUGCUAUUAGAGAUAGUCAAUGGAAGGAAGAACACUAGCUUCGAUUACUAUGAGCAACAACCAAGCCUUAUUGCUUAUGCAUGGCAAUUGUGGAGUGAGAGCAAGGGACUAGACUUGGUUGAUGGUGCAUUAGUUGGCUCACUUAAUGCAUCAGAAGCAAUGAGGUGCAUACAUGUUGGGCUUUUAUGUGUACAAGAUCACGCUGCAGAUAGGCCAACCAUGGUAGAUGUCGUUUUCAUGCUCACCAAUGAAACCGAUCGUCCUCAACCCAAACAGCCUAUCUUUACUUUCCAACGUGAACAUCAACCCCAAAACAAAACUAAAUCUUCUCUCAAUGACGCCACUGUAUCAUUACUUGAAGGCAGAUAAAGUGACUACUGUACUUAUAUUAGGGUUUCUUGUCAAAAUGUAACCUAGUUUUGAUAAUUUGAUCAUCAAAAGAGUAUUACAAUUUAGACAAUUUGUCGAAAAUUUUAGAGAGUUGAUCGAAAAAUUUAAUUAAAAAAAUGUCAUUUUCGCCAAUUUACUUAUUUCAAUCAAUAUACACUUAAACUUGCCUCUUUAAACUUAA